AUGAAUAACAGCGGUGGUAAAAAUAAUGGUAGUGUUAAAACUAAUAAUCAAGCAAUAAAUAACAAUUCACGUCGAACUACUCCUGCCUCAAAAAAAUCUAUAAGUUUGGGACCACCACCAAAACCUUCCCGUACAAUAACAAACAAUAACAACAAUAAUCAAUCACAAAAUCAACCCACAAUAUCUCGUAGUCCUUCUGCUGGCAGUGUUUUGACGAAAAAUAGUUCCACGUCUGAUUCUAGUAAUUCUACAAAAUAUUCACAGCCUGCUUAUGGCUCUAUUAAAGGAGCACAAGCCAUCAAUGUACCUGGCGAGCCUAUUCAACCAGUUAAUAGUAAUGAAAAAGAUGGUAAUAAUAAAUCUUUUAAGGGUGUCUUUAAUAAUAUUGUUAGCUCAAUGUCAGAUCUUUUAACAUCACAAAAAAGAGUAGAAAUUUCGUCGCCUUAUGAUCCAGUUCAUCUAACUCAUGUUGGUUUUAAUCAAGAAACUGGUGAAUUUACUGGUUUACCAAAAGAAUGGCAACAAUUAUUACAAGAUUCUGGCAUUACAAAACAAGAUCAACAAGCUCAUCCACAGGCUGUAAUAGAGAUUGUACAAUUUUAUCAAGAUACAGCAGGUGGUACUACUUCACCAUCAUCAAAACCACGUAAAAUGUCACCUGAAUCUCCCCCAGUUCUCCCUCCAAUAACACUACUUCCACCACUUGAAAGGACAUAUUUUGUAGAAUCUUACACAAGAUCAUCGUGA